UACGGUUGCAGAAACGUGUUGGUGGUCUCCCCCGAAAUUUGUGGCAAAAGCAAAGUCUCCGUUUACUUCCUCCGACAGUAUGUAAAAAGUGUGCCUGAACUCUGUAAUGUUCACUCAGUGCUCACCCUGCAGCCAGUUCGUUGUUGGUUUUUUUUGUAUUCUUUAAGAUUAUGGCAGGUCUCAUUUGGAUUGUCAUUUUUCUUUGUAUUGCAGGAUGUCACCAAUCAUCCCCCUCCCACAUUCCCCCCUCAGCACUGGUGGUCCACAGGGGGCAGAAUGUCUCUUUGACCUGCAACAUUACGUCCAGCUCUGUAAUCACCUGGUACCUGCUGCAUUCAGACCAACUGCGACCACUGCUCAAGGUCUCACAGAGUCACCUCAGGGGGAAAAAAGAAAUAAUUGAUAACAAUGUAAACACCAGUCGCAUAACAUGGACAGGAAACCUAACGCGUGGGCUGGUCAGGCUGGAGAUCCAGGAGGUGGAAACGGAAGAUACUGGGCUAUAUUUCUGUUCUGGGUAUUGUGAAGCUAAGGUGUGUGUAAGCAGAGGAAUUCACCUGAAAUUUAAUGGAGUUGAUGGGGACACUGCUGGAAGAAAACUGCACCAGCCCUGUUGGAGUCUGGGGACCUGUCUCCUUCCAGGUUUAUUCGGCCUCUUUUCUUUUCUGGUGAUUGGAUUCUACUUGUGCUUAGGUAAACAGUGUCAUUGCUGCUGUAAUCCAGGGAGGCAGCAUUCUACUUUGAAUGUGACGGAGGAAGAUUCUUUGCAUUACUCCAGUCUGAGGCAUCCAGAUAAGCCCCGCCCAUCUGCCAGAACUGGACCCAGAUUGGUGGAAGACCUUGUCACAUAUUCUACAGUGAACACACGCAAAAACCUAAAGGGGUUACAGGACCAUAGAUAAUUUUGUUUCUGCUGAGUGACUCUUUUUAACGUUGGAUUACCUUAUUAGAGUACGUUUCAGUUGACUUUUAGAAUCCACUUCUGUAAAAUUGUUCUGUUUUCUUUUCUGUUUUAUAAAUAUUUUUUAUUAAUUAUUAAGAACCUUAUUCUGGCUUAAAAAAAAACUAUAAUCCUUAUUAUAUAUAGUUUUUUAUCGACAAAGUAGAUUCUACUCUAAGUUUGUUAGAGUGAUUUUAUUUUAUAUCAAAGGGGCAUUAUUUCCAGUAAAUCUAGAGCACAAGUGGAUAAAAAGUGAUUUAAUUAUUAAGUAGUAAUAAAUCACGUGACAUACCUACAAUAAUUUGCGGGCCACAAUGCAUUUCGAUAUAAAAAUAAUGGAAAUUUAAUAAUGCCUCUUGAAAGUACUUGGUUGUGAAUUAAAAUGUCUUAGUUUAAAUUUUUAAUGUUUGUACUUCAGUUUAAGAUUUUAGUUUAGGAUUAACUUGACAAUAAAUUGUUAGGUUUAAAAUUUGAAAUAAUAUGAUUUAGCUAAAUACAGUUGCAAAAACAUUAAAUAUAACUAAUUUAAUGUGAUUCAAUGUGAGCUUGAUCUGGACUCCCAAUAGAACGCACAUGCAUGUACAGUGUUGCAAUAAUGUCAAUACCUGAUGUUUAAGUUGUUUUAAUGUUAAAUAACGGUAAAUAUGGGGUCUUUAAGGAGUUUCAGACUGUUGCAAAGACAAAAAUACCAAGAAACAACAAAUCUCCAGCAUAACCAAGUAACAACACAAAAGAAAAGAAAACACACUAUCCUCCAGAUGAAUAUGAGCUAAAGGUUAUUUUAAGCUAGUUCAUUGAUCUUAGUUUUAUUGUUGAAAUUUUGUGUAACUGUUGUAAAAUAGUUUUUUCAUUUUGUUUCUUGCUUUAUAUCUAUAGAACCAUCCAGCUGUUUAUAUGAAGAAUGUAAAUGUCUUGUACAAAAAUGUUACCUGCUCAGCAUACCUCUUUCUUUUUUAACAAUUUUACUUAAGUGUAAGCUAUAUGUAUUCGGUUUUAUUCAAAUCUCAAAUGUAAAAAUGUUUAUAAUAUUAAAAUGUCUCAACAGUAAAAAGCUGCUUUUAUGCA